AUGGGGAAGCAGAAGGGUCGCGCGUCCAGCAGCGGCAUGGCGGCGUCGCUGGUGCCGCACGCCCAGGGCGCCGUCCCCACCGUCGGUUUCGGCGGCUACCAUGGCGCCGUCCGUGUUGAGCCCGCUGCGCCCUCCGACCCAGACGCCCCGAUUCGCCUUACCCCAGAUGUGGAUGGUGAAGUGCUUCAGAACCUAAAGAGGCUAGGAAGGAAAGAUCCGACAACAAAGCUCAAGGCCUUAUCUGCUCUCUCUACACUCUUUGGACAAAAACCUGGUGAGGAAGUUGUGCAGAUUGUUCCACAAUGGGCAUUUGAGUACAAGAGGCUGCUACUUGACUAUAACAGAGAAGUUCGCCGUGCUACUCAUGAGGCCAUGUCUAGCCUCAUCACAGCAGUCAAGAAAGGUAUAGCACCACAUCUGAAGUCCUUGAUGGGUCCUUGGUGGUUUUCUCAGUUUGAUCCUGCUCCUGAGGUUGCUCAGGCUGCUCGACGCUUAGCUUAG